AGCUGCGCUGGCCCCCAGAGCCCGCUGGAAAAGGCUGGCUGCGCGGCGGGAGCGGGGGCGCCGCGGCGACACUCUCCGCCAUGAACCUGAGAGGCCUCUUCCAGGACUUCAACCCUAGUAAAUUCCUCAUCUAUGCCUGUCUGCUGCUGUUUUCUGUGCUGCUGGCCCUGCGUCUGGAUGGCAUCAUUCAAUGGAGUUACUGGGCUGUCUUUGCACCGAUAUGGCUGUGGAAGUUAAUGGUCAUCGUGGGCGCCUCAGUUGGAACUGGAGUCUGGGCACGGAACCCCCAAUAUCGAGCAGAAGGAGAGACGUGUGUGGAGUUCAAAGCCAUGUUAAUCGCAGUGGGCAUCCACCUGCUUCUGCUGAUGUUUGAGGUUCUGGUCUGUGACCGGAUCGAGAGAGGAAGCCACUUCUGGCUUCUGGUCUUCAUGCCGCUCUUCUUUGUCUCCCCCGUGUCUGUUGCAGCCUGUGUUUGGGGAUUUCGACACGACAGGUCACUAGAGUUAGAAAUCCUGUGCUCUGUCAACAUUCUCCAGUUUAUAUUCAUUGCCUUAAGACUGGACAAGAUCAUCCACUGGCCGUGGCUUGUUGUGUGUGUCCCCCUGUGGAUCCUCAUGUCCUUUCUAUGCCUGGUUGUCCUCUACUACAUCGUGUGGUCCGUCUUGUUCCUGCGUUCCAUGGAUGUGAUUGCAGAGCAGCGAAGGACACACAUCACCAUGGCCCUGAGCUGGAUGACCAUUGUGGUGCCGCUGCUUACCUUUGAGAUCCUGCUGGUUCACAAGCUGGACGGCCACAACGCAUUCUCUUGUAUACCCAUCUUUGUUCCUCUGUGGCUGUCGCUGAUCACGCUCAUGGCAACCACUUUUGGACAGAAGGGAGGAAACCACUGGUGGUUUGGUAUUCGCAAGGAUUUCUGUCAGUUUCUGCUUGAGAUUUUCCCGUUUCUAAGAGAAUAUGGAAACAUUUCAUACGAUCUCCAUCAUGAAGAUAAUGAUGAAACGGAGGAAACACCCGUGCCGGAACCUCCAAAAAUUGCCCCUAUGUUUCGAAAGAAGGCCAGAGUCGUCAUCACACAGAGCCCGGGAAAGUAUGUGCUCCCUCCCCCCAAACUAAACAUUGAAAUGCCCGAUUAAAAGCCUCGCCCCAGGAGGGAACAACCGGGGGUCCAUGCCAUUCUCCCUUCUCGGCCUCUCUGAGCCCUUCACACAGAACUGAGACUGCAGCUAGGUCCCUGGGAUGGUCAUCUCAUGCCUACCUUCCAUCCAAAGCCUAUCAGUGACUGAACCACGUACCACCAAGGUGGAAGGGACGGACAACACACUAGCAUGGGACAGAGACGUGAACUUCCAGGAGGAGUGUGAUCAGCCUCCCCUGGGAGGGCUGUGUCCGAGGCAUUGUGUUAAAAUGCUCGCUCACUGGCUGCCAGUGUCUGCAAGACUUGCAGACAGCGAUGUGAAUACCAGAUGAUCGGGUCUGGACACCUGCAGGCCUUGGGGCCAGGGGCCAAACAGAAGACAUGCUCUUGAGUGAGAACACAGCACUUUUUCCUCAAGGCCUCCUUGGCGAGACCAUCCUAUUGGCGUGACUCCACGCAUAUGUAGUAUUUAUAUGGAGAUUUUACUAUUGUGACACAUAGUGUGAAAGUCGGGUCUGGAUCGUGGGUCCUGGGAACGUCUAUUUGUGCCAGCUUGUGGUGGAGCUGGGCAGGAGAGGCAGUGGGCCACCCAGCAGGAGCCUCUGCACAGGACUUGGCCACUCAGCCACUUGAGGCCCUCCCGAGACCCAGCAGCUGCUACUGCCACAACAGCCACCGCCAGUGAGAAGCAGCCCACAGCACUGCAGCCCUCGGGCACAUGACUCCCAGACCCUGGGCCACUGUAGGAAGUGGCCGGGAAUCCGGUCUGGCCUGCGGUGAGAGGCAGCCUUAUCCCAGGACCUGCCAUUUGGGACUCCGGGAGAAGAGUCCCGGCUGUGACGGGACAGCCCACAGCCUGCACACCAGGAAGGUGGGGCUCUCCACCAGGAUACCCAGGGGGUGUCCACCAGAGGCCACUGCUCUGAUGCCAGAGGGCCACAGGGGACUCCAGCCAAAGGCUCCUACCUGGCCCUGGCCGGGCCCACAGCAAAGUGACUCUGCCUAGGGACCAGGCCCCCUGGCCCUGGGCGGGGGGCCUCGGUGGCCAGUGACCUCCCCACUCCAGUGCCGUCAGUUGUCCAAUAAAGCAGUUCCUCUUGUC